UCCCCAUAAAGAUAUUUUUGGGAUACUUAAAAUAAGUUUUGAUGCAUUAACCAAUACAGAACAAGCAAUAUUUUUAGAUAUUGCUUGCUUCUUCAAUGGUUGGCGCAAAAACAAAAUAACAAAAAUAUUAGAAAGUUGUGGUUUUAAUGCAAAAAUUGGAAUAACAACUCUCCAUGAAAAGUCUAUGCUGAAGGAAUAUGACAGUAUUUUGGUGAUGCAUGAUUUGGUGGAACAAAUGGGUAGGAAAAUUGUUGUGGACAAGUCCUCUAAUUGUGUUGGAAAUCGUAGUAGAUUGUGGACUAAUGAAGAUAUUGAUAAAGUUAUGCAAAACAAUUGGGGUACAAAAGAAAUAGAAGGUGUGAUUUCGUCCACAUCUUGUGAGGUACUUUGGGAUCCUGAAGCAUUUUCAACAUUGCAUAACCUUAGAUUACUCAUGAUAUCAAGUGAUUUCCAUGUUCCUAUUGGCCUCAAAUGUCUUUCUCAUGCUUUGAAAGUACUUUAUUGGACAAAAUAUCCUUUAGACACUCUUCCUUCUGGAACUCGACUGCAUGAACUUGUUGAUCUUAGAAUGCAUCAUAGCAAAUUAAAGAAACUUAGCUUGGUAAGAUAUCUUAUCCUUUGAUGUUGUUGAUAGUGUCAUUGAUUAUCAUAGUUAGCAAAAUACAUAUUUUUUUCAUUGGUUCUCAUACAUUUGUUUGACCAGUGCUUGAAGAAUCUGAAGUUUUUGGACUUGAGUUUUUCCAAAAACUUGAUUGAAACU